CAGUGGGUGCCUCACUUCCGCGCCGAUCGGUUGCAGCAUCGAACGGUAUCGAGUAUCGAACAUCGAUCCGCGUCUCUGAUCGACCCAGUCCCAACCGUGACCGCGCUCCCCCGAGUUCUUCCAGUGUGCAUGUGUUUGUGUGGGAUUUUAGCUAAUUGAGUUCAGUGUUGAACAGGUGUGGUGUGGUUCAAAGAAGUGGAAAACAAGGUGCUUUUAUUUUGAAGAUUUUGUUUGGAAACUCGUGCUGGACGAGAUCUAGUUUUUUUGUGGUGUAGCUAGUGUGUGGCUCUAACCAUGCUGCGAUCCCCGCAACUCGUCCGGAAGUUUGCCCCGCAAGGCAGUGUCAGCAGAGAUGCGCUGCUGGCGGACCUCCAGAACACCAUCACGCCCAGCCAACCCCCGCCGCUGUCCCAGUCUCCCACCGGAUACGGCUCCCUCAACGGCGCGCCUGCCCGCUACUCCCCCGCGCCGCAGUCGCCCACCUACCAAAACUCGUCCAUGGUGAACGAGAUGGCCACCACCAAGAGCUACACGUCGACCACCAAGACCAACGCCCUCAACAACAACCUCUCCGAGCUGGACACGCUGCUGCAGGACCUGAGCAACGCGCGCUACUCGGGCGGCACCACCACCACCACCAUGGAGAGGGUGUCUGACAGCCUCAACGGCGGCUCGGAGCCGGUGGUCAAGACGACGAGGACGGUAAGCCACGCGCGGCCCUCCGUGGACAGCCUCCUGGACGAGCUCAGCACCGUGGUGCCCAACGGCGACCUCCCCGACGGCCACAAGCUGCUGGUCAAGAAGGUGGUGUACGAGAGGGAGACGCAGAAGGCGCAGGCCGUGCCCAGCGCGUCUACGGCCACCCGGGAGCUGGACGACCUCAUGGCCUCCCUCUCCGACUUCAAAUGGCUAAAUGAAUAUUUCGCUCUGUUAGUUCGGACUAUCGAGACGGUAACGGCCAUGAUGCGGAAAAUCAAGGCCAACAACCUCCAGCACCAGCAGGUCAGCGAGUCGCCGUAUGCCAAGCCGACCAAAGCCAAGCAGACGCAGUCCAGCCCCAACAAGCAGAACCUCGACUCCAUGCUCGGCAACCUGCACGCAGACAUGAGCCGCCAAGGAGUCAACACCACCCAGAAGGGCUGCUGCCACGCCUGCGAGAAGCCCAUCGUGGGCCAGGUCAUCACGGCCCUGGGCAAGACCUGGCACCCCGAGCACUUCACGUGCAACCACUGCAACCAGGAGCUGGGCACGCGCAACUUCUUCGAGCGCGACGGCCGCCCCUACUGCGAGCCCGACUACCACAACCUGUUCUCGCCCCGCUGCGCCUACUGCAACGGCCCCAUCCUGGACAAAUGCGUGACGGCCCUGGAGAAGACCUGGCACACCGAGCACUUCUUCUGCGCCCAGUGCGGCAAGCAGUUCGGCGAGGAGGGCUUCCACGAGCGGGACGGCAAGCCCUACUGCCGCGACGACUACUUCGACAUGUUCGCGCCCAAGUGCGGCGGCUGCAACCGCCCCAUCAUGGAGAACUACAUCUCGGCCCUCAACAGCCAGUGGCACGCCGACUGCUUCGUGUGCAGGGACUGCAAGGAGGCCGUCAAGGGCAAGUCGUUCUACGCCAUGGAGGGUAAGCCCGUGUGCCCCAAGUGCGUGGGCGUGGACGAGGAAGAAGAGGACUAAGUCGGCGGCCUCGACGGCCACGGUGCCGAUGAUGUGAUGCCGGCCAGAGGUCUGACAGAAGUCUGGCAGAAGUCUGGCCGGGGUUGAUGGCGACAUCAACAUCUCCCUUUCUUUGCAGCCGUCCAGCAAAUAAACUAAUCCUUCCCUUUCCCCCGACUCAUAGACAGACACCUGCCUCACGGGCAGUCGCUAACACGCAGAUCUCUCACACUUUUCCUUAAAUUUUCCUUUCUCUAAAGUCCCCAGACCCAACACUUAGCAGCUCCACACGGUAGGGCCAUACCUGACAGAUCAGAUAGACAAGAAUUAAUUUUUAUAUAUGUGUAUAAAUAUGUGUGUCUGUAUAAAGAUUUCUAGUAAUAUUUUUCCACAAGCUUUGAAGGAAACAAAAAUUUUAUACUUUAGAACAAUAAUGUUGCACUCGGUAAUUUAAUGUGAGUGGAAGGCAUUGUAUUUUUAAGCAAUAAAGAAAAUAAAAAAACAACAAAAAAACAAAAAAAAAAAACAAAAAAAAAUUAUUGAUUGGAGGUCAGUGGUGUGAAUGCACUGCUGUUACCUUCCACAACCUGGACAGGUCAGUGACCUGAUUGGUUGUGUGAGGUGCCUCUUUGUCAUCUGUCAGGUUUGGCACUGCAAUUUGGUGCAUGUUAAUUUUGUUAAUUUUGCGUAUAUGUACUGACACUAUCACCCCAAUGAAGGUCAAUGACCCUUUUCAAGGCAAACAAAAGGAAAAGUAAAAACACACAUUCUAUAUUUAGUAUCUAUUUAUACCACCGCUUUAGAAGAUCAAGGUCAGGUUCAGGGCUGGUCCUACUCUCAAUGAGUCUGACACACUCACAGACACACACAGGAAAAACAUGCUAACAGGUUUGCCAAAAUUUAUCAAUUGCUCUUAAAUGUGCAUAGGGCUCAAUUGAAGAUGCAACAGGCCACUCCUAAAGACUAAGCCACACAAUUAGCUUAAUUUUUCUGAAUUUUCUGUACGUUAUUUGCACGUUUAUACGUCACCUAUAUGACAGAAGGGAGCAAGGUUUUUAAAAAUUCAUGUUGGGAGUUAAUCUUAUUUUGCAUCAAUUGUUAUUGACAUUCUCCAAAUAUCUAGAACUGAAACCAUAGUUGAAUGUCUAUCCCCUAUAUCAAAUUUUUGUAGUUUGUUGUUUUAAAAAAUGUAUACGCAACACAUGGAAAACAAAAAAACUUCAUUAUAAAUUUUUCCAAAAAUUAUUUUUGUUGUGUUGCAAGGGAGGGGCAGCAUUGUCAUAUUUCAAUGUUUAUCAAAAUUUUGCUGGGUUUUGUACUAUUAGAUCUGCUCAGAAUCAAGUUAUGUUGAAAU